AUGUCGCCGAAGCUUGCAAUGCUGCUGGCUGCGACCUGUACGCUUCCGGUCUUCAGCCAGCGUUUUUGGUAUGUUUCUGCUUUGACGGCAAGUGCAUCGCUCACCUCAGCAGACGGCAGUUUCGACGAACAAUCUUGGCUCAAGGAUGCAGAUCCGCCAACGCCGGAGAGGGCUGCGGCAUUCUUGGAUUGCGAAGGCCUUGGUCAAGACCACGGCUUCUGGCCAGUGUUUCGACAAGCCCUCCUCACCGAGGGUGUUUUUGGGGAGACCACACUUCAGCUCGCCGUGAGGAAAUGGACGGACUAUGAGCAUUUCCAGGAAGACCUCUUCCGUCGGCGGGACAGUGGAGGCGAGAUGAUCAUGACCGUCCCCGGCCUCACAUUCGCGAACGGCUCAGCAGUCGAAACGCGAAUCGCGGACCUGAUCGACUUGCCGCUGGUGCUUCAGAAGGCGCACUUCUCCCAGCUCUUCGAUGAUCCGCCGAAAUGGGGGCCGGAGGAGUUUGCAGGAUUUUUGGCCUGCCCUGUGGGCUUUGUGCUCGUGCAGUAUGUCAUUUUCCUCGCGAAUAAGGUUCGCGCCCAACUGGAUCCAGAGACUCUGAAACAGUACUGGGAGGCGAUGUUGCAAGCCUUCGGCUCGAUCUACUCGGUGCCAAACUACGUCCUCGACCACUCCGAGUCCGCCAAUUGGGGCUUGACAUCAACGGACAUCGCUGUGAACAUCAACACCGAGCCGGGUGUGUACUAUCCGCGCUACGAGGACUAUUGCUCGCGUCACCCUGUGCCACCUCCAAGACUGACAGCUUGGCACGAGGAUUCCACGAGUUUGAUGGCGCUGGAAGCAUCAGGGCCAGAUUUCUCUGGACUCUGCGCUGGCCGCUCACGAAUUCCCAUCGCGCUGAUCGGAGAACACGGGCCAGUGAACUUGGACCACUUGAGCACUGCCCGCGCUGCAUUGAAGGAGGCUUGCGGCAGUGACUACCAGGAUUCCACGGUGGAGGUGGAGGAAGGCCACUUCUUCACCUAUCUCUGGGCGCUUGAAGGCACCAAAGAGGGCGACGCUUUGCGUGCGACGCUUCGCAUCUCUUGGGAGGAGUUCUGGGGCGAGCCGCUCACCAUAUCUCGAGGCCGCACUGACGGCCUCCCUGGUUGGACAGUCGCAGCUGCCGUUUCAGCACUUCGCGGAUUCGCGAAGCGCGAGCCGCUGCUUCGGCGAAGUCGGCUGCAAAUCUGCUGCGAGCCGCUCUGGCUUUGUGUGCUGCUGCAUGCUGCUGUGGGUUCCGGCCAUUUGCUUGUUCGUGUGAGUAUGUGCUUGCUCCAUGCCUUCGCUCACGUCUUUGGCGAAGAGGAGCUCCCAGCCUUUUGGCCGCUGGUGCGGGCGCUUGGCGCUGACCUUCUGAAGCAGGGACGACUGAGCGCGGCGGCCACCAUAUCUGCGCAAAUGCUGAACUAUCAGAGCGGCAUUCGACCGCCCUACGUGCCUGCCUUGUCUCUGCAUGUGGCCGCUUCAGCGCAAUAUGCGCCGGCGUCUUCCGACGUGCUUUUUUUUCGAUUUCGACUGCCCGGUGCCCCUGGCUUCAUCCGCAUACUACAAAUGCUGACUGCCGAGGCACGUGCGCAAGGCAUUCAAUUUGCCAGACUUGUCAUCAUGGAUGCAUCGCAGAAAUCCUUGAGCUUUACAGAAAUCAGCCGGUUCCGUGCUUUGGCGCUACUUCCGCAUGUUCCCUAUGCGCAGCGCCUGCCAGAUGUCUUCGCGCUGAACUCGCCAACACUGGUGCCAGCACUCCCGCUGCUGCACAAGUAUGUGUGGCCAUAUGCUGGCCCUUUCUGUGGACGCACAGAUUCUGAGCUGUCCCAAUCGCUGGAUCCGACGGCAGCCAACACAUCGAGCCAUCCCUUCUCACCGUUCGCCUUCCAGGGCAAGGUGUUCCAACCAGAUCGUUUUGAUGAGGACAGACGUUACUGGGCGCAGUAUACGGAGUGGGAGCUCUGGCCCCACCUAAUUCGCUUCAGGAGUGCGCGGGAGAUGCUUCAGCUGGCCACCAUGACUCAGGAAGAAGCCUUCACAGUAAGCUCGAGAAUGCGCCAGCAUCAUGAGGAGCUCCGGCGAUCCUCUUUGCGUUGGUGGCGUCUCGCUUCGCUGGCCGCCUUUCGGACCUAG